GAGUUUGUUUCUCAGUGUCCGAUUAAAUCUGUUAUUAUUAUUAAUAUUAUUAAUAUUAUUAAAAGCGCGCUUCACUGAAGAGGAGCAGCUGAUCGAGCAGUGCUGACGUCACGCUCUCUGACGUGUGAGGUGUGCGCUUGCAGAAGAAGAAGGUCGUCGGCUCCAGGCGCUUUAUUUGGAGCUUAUCCGUGGAUGGAGGAUGGGAUCUUUUGCUUUUGUGAAGUAUCUGCGUCCGUUGUUUGGCCACCAGCUUCCUCGUCGGAGUGUUCCUGCUGCUCUGCGACGGAAGGAUCACCCAAACGUUCAGCUUUACUGCACCAGUAAAGAGAAGAGACGGCCUGAAGCACAGAGCAGAAAAUCCAGUCAGAGAGAAGAACCUGCGUUUCCAAAGUCGGUGUUUGCCGCUGGCACUGCUAAGAGGACAGCGGACUUUUUAAAGAGAAGAGCAGGGACAGGGACAGAUCCCGAACAGGCCGGCGGUUUAUCGCGAGACCGAGCGUCUUUCCGAGGGGAGAUACCUGAGAGACCACUGAGUGCUCCAGAGUGGAGGAAGCUGAAAGAGAGCUCGUCCAGCCCGGAGCGCUUCGAGGUGAGGAUGAUGGCGUUAAUGCUGGCUGCAGAGGCCGACGUAAACAUUGCCAAAUCUCUUCUGGCCUAUGUUGCUAUGGAGAAGGGGGAGGUGCCGUACAUGCUCCUCCUGAGGUACCUCGCCCUUUGCGUGUCCGGCGGGCACCACUCAGAGGUGCUGGACACGUACGACGUCAUGAGGAGCUGCUUUAAAGCUCUGGACUCUGGUGCGUACAGCCUGCUCAUCAAAGGCUUCGGUCAAACCGAGCGCUGGAGGGAGGCCUUGGUGAUGCUGGAGGAAAUGAAGAAAGUCAUUAUGCCCUCACCCCGUAACUAUGGCGACGCUAUCGCCGGGGCUUUUCUCCAUGGUGACGGUGAGACAGGUUGGAUGCUCUAUGGUGAGCUUCUGGAGCUGCGCCUGACGCCGAAUCAGGACACCUGGCAGUGCCUGUUUGAAAAUGCCAGCACUGAACAUCAGCAGAGACACAGACUCGCAGACGUCCUGACCUACAUGAGAGAGAACCAGGUGUAUCCGGAGGAGCCGCUGGCCCGAAGCAUCAAAGCCUGGUUUGAGAGUUUACCAGAUGAAAAGUGGAGAGGAAGGUUCUCCUCUGUGGAUUCCAGCGGACGCUGCCGAGGCUGCCGGGCGGAGCUGGAGUCCAUCGAGCUGACGGAGGAGGAGUACGCUCAGCUGAGACACAGAGUGAUGACGCAUGUUAUCGAGGGCAGAGACGUCUUCAACAAAACCACACCAGAGUGGUCAGGACCCCCAUGGACCCUCACAGAGCAGGAGCUGGAGAGCUUCAAGAGCUUCGUGAAGAAAAGUCCUGCGUUUGACGUCAUCGUCGACGGCCUGAACGUCGCCAGUGUCUCGCCUAAGGGCCCAAAGUCUCAGACAUUGUUGGCGGUGGUCUCGGAGCUGCGGGAUCAGGGUCUGAACGUCCUCGUACUCGGACGGAAACACAUGCUGCGUCCCUCCUGGAACUGGGACAGACACGACAUCCAUCAGAUCAGACAGAGAUCCCUCUGCUUCUUCACCGAGAACAUCUCGGAAGAUGACCCUUUCCUGCUAUACGCUGCGCUGCAUUCUGGGAACCACUGUAACUUCGUGAGUCGUGAUCUGAUGAGGGACCACAAGGCGUGUCUUCCCGACGGCGCCACCAGACGCCUCUUCUUUAAGUGGCAGCGUGGGCACCAGCUGGUGGUCCAGGGGUACGUUCCUGGAAAGAAGGUUCGGUUUCAGAGGGCGCUGAGGUGUGACACAGUGAUUCAGAGCACCGGCGCUGCCUGGCAUGUCCCCUACGACGAGGACGGAGCAGAGCGAAGCACGUAUGAAGUGCCGCAGAGGUGGCUGUGUCUCACUAAAGAGCAGCAGUGACUCUUCCUUCGCGUAUGACUUGUACAAACUGUGGAGAUGAAUAAAAAUGGACUGCACCCAGAAGAUUA